AAAUUUUCAACUCUUUUAGUCAGAUUUAUUACUUGUAUACUGGUAUAUGGUAUAGCCUUACAAUAUAAUUUAUAAAUAUUGCAACUUCAAAUAUCUAAUCAUGGGGAAUAACGCAUCGAUAAAGAGAGAAUCAGGAGCUGCAGAAGGUCAAGGAGGAAGUGAUCUAGUAGUUGGUUCACCAAUGGAAGAAUCUGGAUUUGUUUUUCCUGGACAUCAGCAUGAUCUAUUACAUGAUGAAGCGGCUGGGUUAAAGCAAACUCAUAUUAUGCACUCGGGUGGAGUAGCAAAAGUACCUGCUGUUUUUCGAUGGAAAGGUGGUGGAAAAGAGGUUUUUUUGGCGGGAUCCUAUGAUCAAUGGAAAGCAAGAAUACCUUUGUCUAGAAGUCGUGAUGAUUUUUAUGGUAUUGUUGAUCUUCCAGCUGGAGAACACGAGUAUAAAUUUAUGGUUGACGGACAGUGGAAAACUAACCAAGAUGAGCCAACAAAAUUGAAUGCUGAAGGAAUAAUGAACAAUGUAUUGGAAGUAAAAGAUUCCGAUUUUGAAGUAUUUGAAGCACUAGCAAGAGAUUCAAGUUCUUUGGAAAAUGUGAGAGACAUAACACACUCUCCACCAGGCAGUUACAAUCAGGAUAUUCCAAGAGAAAUGUUAGAAGACUCCAAUGUUCAUCCACCAACAUUGCCUCCUCAUUUACUAAAUAAAGUAUUAUUAAAUCAAGAUGUUGAUCUUGCGUGUGAACCUUCACUUCUCCCGGAACCACAACAUGUAAUGUUAAACCAUAUGUACGCAUUGUCAAUAAAAGAUGGAGUAAUGGCACUCAGUGCUACACACAGAUACAAGAAGAAAUUUGUAACAACUUUAUUGUACAAACCAAUAUGAAUAUUCAUUUUAAGCCACUUUUUGGUGCUUUUAUCAACUUUUUCAUUUUGAAUUGCAGUGGAAUAUAAUAGGUUAUUCACUUUCUCAACAAACACUUUUUGACCAAUUCCGCCUGCCUUAUGCAAUGUGUCCUACUCAGAAUGAGUUUUAAAUUUAUUGAUGAGAGUUUCCUCAAAAGGGUUUCAAGCAUUUGCUAGAGCAGGGGUAUGCAAUACUUUUGUCGGUGGGUCAUAUAACCAACCAAGUUUUAUCAUGUACACAACAAUUUAAAAAAUUAGCAAUAACCAGAAUGCCAUGGGAAAGGCAAAAGAAGAGAAUGCGGCUACCGCUUGAGUGUCCGGUGAUAAAGGCACCGGGCAUUUUUACCCAUGUGAGCGCCUUUUUGAACUGUUGGAUUACGGUUUGACGCUUUAUGGGGAAAAUCUGAGUGUUGACAAGAGCCACACUAAAUGGCUUGGCGGGCCAGGAUGGGGUCUGCGUGCCAUGCCGCCUGUUGCACAAUCCUGUGCCAUAGGUUAAAAUAUAUUUUUAUGUUAUUGUAAUCACAAUGCUAUAGAUAUACUGUUCAAGUGCAUUAAAUUGGGACCAACUAAGCUACACAUAAAUCGUAAUACAAGUUAAUGCUCCAAGUCCAACAUCCUUGAAAUUUGUUGUGAAACAGCUGGAAAAUUUGAUCACUUACAUACUUCAACAAUAUUCAUUUUAUUGUAAUUAUAAUCUUUUUGUUAUCAUAUAAUUAGAAUUGCCCAUAUGAGCAUGAAUUGAUUCGCCUUGCAUAUUUUGUUUUUCUUUUUCAUGAAAUAUAUGAUUGCCACACGUUG